CACAUCCUCUGAAACCUGUACAGUAUGGGAAAUAGUGAUAACAGCACAGAUGUUCAGUAGAGUUUCUGGGAUCCUGCUGACGAGGAGGAGACUAUAUUUUUUAAAAAGGGGCCCCUCAUAAAUCAAAAACAGACUCCUAACCAAGACUUUGGAAACACAAAUGUAUUUAUGUAAACCAGGUGGCAACAUAGUGCAAUCUUGUUCUCAGCUUCUAAUUUUUUAUUAAUAACAAUAACACUGGAAGAACAACAAUUCAACUCAGGUAGGCGUAACUCCCCCACGUACAUUUCUCAUGGACUCGUCCAUCCUCACAACCUGACCUGCUGGAUUAGAAGGUUACAAGUUGUUCGUUAUUAACCUUAGCAGAAGGAUUGAAAGACACAAAAAUGAUCUAUAAAAUGUUGGCCUGCUUGGUGCUCACGUUCACACUCGCUGCUGGAACGUCAGAAAGCAGCAACGACACGGCGGCGGAAGAAAGGCUGGUCAUCGCCCGAGGUAAACUGAUGGCUCCCAGUGUGGUUGGAUGAGGCAUAAAGAAAAUGCCUGAGCUCCAUCACUUCCUCAUGGAGCGUUGGGCUCUGUACCAUAACUUAGAGUAUGACUCAUCAGAAGAGAAGAACCCCCGUCUGAUAUUUUACAAUGAUAAGGAUGAGGUUGUAAAGACCGUCCCUGUGAAGAACAUGAAGGCGGACGAGAUCAGCAGCCUGCUGGAGUCUCUGGGUUUCUAUAAGAGGUCCAAGAAAGGGGAAGAAGUGCCAGAGGAGUUCCAGAACUUCCCCCUGCACGCCCCAAGGGACGAGUUGUGAUGACCCCUUGUGGCCAGACUCUGUACUUGCAACCCAGCCGCAAUAAUGACGAGUGGGGCUUCAAGGCCAGACUGUUAAAGCCAGGCCCCAGUCUGAGGACCACGCUGGUUGGGUGCGGUGCAGAGGGUGUUAGGCCUACUUGAGGCAUACUGUUUGUUCACACUCUU